AUCAACAAAACAACAUUUAUUUUAUUCAUAUGUUUGCAUUUAGUAGAUAAUUUCCACUUUUAGGCGAUUCUAUUUUGCUCCCCCUAUCGGACAUCACUAAAUUAUUUCUUUCGAAGUGUUCUGUCAUUUCGGUUCGCUGAGGCGGAUAUUAAAUCCUAGCCAUGGUGCGUAUGAACGUAUUGAGUGAUGCCCUCAAAUCAAUCCACAAUGCCGAGAAGCGCGGCAAAAGACAAGUGCUAAUCCGGCCUUGUUCCAAAGUUAUCGUCAAGUUUUUGACUGUGAUGAUGAAGCACGGUUACAUCGGCGAGUUUGAGAUCGUCGAUGACCACAGAGCUGGAAAGAUUGUCGUCAAUCUCACCGGCAGACUGAACAAAUGUGGAGUCAUUUCACCCCGCUUCGACGUACCAAUCAAUGACAUCGAGAGGUGGACUAACCUGCUACCGUCACGACAGUUCGGCUACCUGGUCCUCACAACCAGUGGUGGAAUCAUGGACCAUGAAGAAGCCAGAAGGAAACAUCUUGGAGGAAAAAUUUUAGGCUUCUUUUUCUAAGUUUACUCAAUAUAAAUGAAAAUGUA